CAAACACCAUACAGAAUACGAACAAAAACCGGCAAAGAUGGACUAUUUUCUGGUAUCGGGACAGAUGCUAAAGUUUUUGUGAAAAUAGAUGGUAAACACAAUUCUAGUACAUACAACACUGUUUUAGAUUACAAGCUAUGUUUUCUUUUAUUAACUAAUUAAAGGUGCAAAGAAUACAUCUGAGGAAAUUCAACUUAAACAUUCGAUUAAUCAUUCGAAUCCAUUUGGAUACUUAAAUACGGACACAUUUGAAGUUGGCUCUGAUUUAGAUAUUGGUAAAAUUAUUUCUGUUCAGUUGUGGUGCAAUACUCAAAAUAAACAUACCACAUGGUUUUGUUCCUGGUUAGAAAUCGUUGAUAUUAACAACGAUAAUCGUGUAUACUGUUUUCCAUACAAUAAUUGGCUGACUGAGGAAAAACUCUGGAUAAAACUGAGAGAUUAUGUUAAGACGUCAUGUGAUACCAAAGAACAAUUGAAUAGCGUUAAAAAAGACUAUAAAAACAUGCCAGGUGAACGUACGACAACGGAUGCACUUCUAUUGAGUGUUGAUGAAUCUCAUAUUGAUCCACAUUUUUAUAAAACACAAUAUUUAGUACAAAUAAAAACGGGAGAGAAAGGAUUUUAUGAAGGUGAGAAGACGACAGAUGGAGAUGUCAAUGUUUGUAUGAAAAUAAUUGGAAAACAAAAUGAAGGAGAAACAAUGACUUUAAACAAGAAUAAAAAUAUUUCUCAUAAUGGUAACAAUGAGAGACUAUACGCACAAGACAGUAUAGACACAUUUCACCAAGGAAGUGAACUGGAUAUCGGUGAAGUUGAACGUAUUCAAUUGUGGUUAGUUGAUGGUGAUAAAAAUUGUUAUUGGCAUUGUGAAUGGAUACAAAUAACAGAUUUGCAAACCAAUAAAGUUUAUUGUUUUUAUGUUAAUCAAUUAUUGAAAUGGCAAUUAUCAGACAAUAACGAAAAAUUCAGUGAUGAUCGUCAAUAUCGAAUUGGUUUUAUAGAGUUAGUACAAAAUCAACCAUUCAGCUGUGAACAAACUGAAGCAGAAAAAUUGUUAUCGAAAAAAAGAGAUAGUAAAAAUACCGAUCAAAUUAUCGACGUAGCAGCAACCAAUGUGAACUUGAAUAAUCUUCAAACAUUCUAUCAAAUUCUAACAAAAACUGGUGAUAAAGGAAUAACAGGUUUCAAAGGAACAGAACCAAAUGUUUACUUGAAAGUGUUCGGUUCGAAUGAUUCAAGCGAGGAUAUUCACUUAAACAGUGAAAAACAACAAAAACUGUUCAAACGAAGACAAGUAGAUAAAUUUGAUAAUUUAGGCAGUCAGUAUAAAAUAGGAAUACCAAAAAAAAUUCAUCUUUGGCAUGAUAGUCAAGAUAAAAAUGAUAUGUGGUAUUGCGAUUUUCUUGAAUUAAAAGAUAAAAGUACAGAAAAAAAUUAUUGUUUCCCUGUUAAUAAGUGGUUGGGUAAUAAAGUAGGAACGAAAAGUAAGCCGUUAGAACUAGAAGAUUAUAAUUUAAAAAGUUGUAUCAAUAGUGAAAACGAAAAACAACAAAUAAGAACACCUUUAGCUGAUAAAAUAGAUGACCAACAAGUCGAUCAAAUCCACAAACUCCUAGCAAUGCCACAUUUAAAUAAAAAUGAAAUCUUUGGUAGAGCAAAAAUACGAAAUAAUUCAAAAUCAUCGAAUAGUGGACAAUUGUAUUGUCAAGUACAAGGACCAAAUAGUACUUCAUCUAAUAUUCAAACAUUAAAAGCAUCUAUACAAGAUUCAGAUAUUAAAGUGGCUACAAUUUUACUUAAGAAAUUUGACAUCUGUGAUAUACAAUCAUUGCGUGUAUGGGAUGAUGGUAAAGAAAGAGAUGCGUAUUUUUGUGAUUGGUUUGAAUUAUCCGAUCCAUUUUCGGCAAAGAUUAUAUGUUUUCCAGUUAAUGAUUACAUUCAAGUUGAAUCAUCUGCUAGAAAUGUAAAGGAAGUGACGAAAAAACACAAUUUUAGUUGUGAUUUAAAACAGAAUUUAGAAAAAAAUCCAAUAAUAUAUGAAAUAAUAAUAGUCACAGGUUCAAAAACAGUACCUUCUCAACUGAGUGGUCAUGUUGGUCGUGUUCAUAUUAUGCUGAUCAGAGAUAAUGAACAGUUAGGUCCAUUUGAAUUAACACAAGAAGAAGAGAAAAUGUUUAGUUGGGGUGGACAAGAUACAUUUAAGAUAACAGCACCUGCUCUAGAAAAUAUAACCCAUAUUCGUGUAUGGCAUGAUAAAUCUACAACUCAAUCUUGGUUUUGUAAUCACAUAACAAUCGCAAAUACAUCAACGUUAGCUAAAUAUAAAUUUCCUAUUUGUCGGUGGCUUGAUCGAGAUAAUGGUACCGGUAGAAUUUACCUUGAAGUUGAAUUAGGCAAAGCAGCUGUACAAGUUACGACAUCGAAAGGACAAGCAAAAUGUGAUAAUAACAAUGCUAAUUCUUAG